UUGCUUUCUACCCGUUCGCACGUUCGCGUUCGCCAGUGACAAGCGCGCCGUGCUCGCCAACGAAACACGUUCGUCGCUUCGGUACAGAGCGAUAUGGUAUCUUUCCGUCGACGAUCAACGCGCGGCUAAAAAAACACGAAACUCUUGACAGUUCUCUCUUCCGCUGAGACGGCGAUAUUCGCCGAAAACGUGACACUCCGCGCGGCGUCGAAUGGGGAACUGCUGGUCGGUCGAUCGCGAGAUGAGCUGAGGAUCCGAUGCUCGGUCCGUCGCGAUGCUGAGGAAUCGACGAGAAGCGGCCUCAAGCCGCCAAGUCCUUCUUCUGCGUCUGCUGCUGGUCUUUUGCGCGUUUGUCGCUUCUGCUCAUCAAGAGGAAAUUCAAUCAUGGGACAAACUCUCGCAACUGAUACCAACGAAUUCGGUUUACGAGAAGCAAGAUGAAAAUGCGUCGCCGUCAAACAAAGAGGCCGACAACAACGCGUCGUUGGCGUCUCAUUCGCCGGACGAGAACAACGACGUGAUGGACACAUUGAAAUCGAAGGAUGGAGGCGAGGAGGAAGAGAAAUCCAAGCCGACGUCGUACAACGCCGAGGAUUACGAAGAUGAAGAUAAGCACGAAGAUGUGGUGGAAGAAGUGGAAGAGGAGGAGGAGGAGGAGGAGGAGGUGGGAGAGGAGGAAGAAGAUCCAUCCGAUAGCGAUAAUGGCGCAACGAAGAAGAAAGAGAGAUCCCCGGCGGAAACCAGUAGCGUGUCAAAUGUCCGAACGGUCGACAAUUCCAGAGAUGAGGAUUACUUCGAGAAUCCUCCGACGAAUCAGGACGAGAACACGUAUUAUUAUUACGACGAUUACGAGAACGGGAAUCGUUCCAGAUACGACGCCGUUGAAGGCGAAAACCUCGACUAUCCGGAUCCGGAAUCCGAAGAGGAUGAUGACGUCGUGAUGGACUCGGAGCACGGCGCGUUCAAGAAAAGAGACGAAGACGUUUCUUCGCACGAGUCGUCCUCCGGCUCGUCGUCGCGUGUUGUCGACGAGAAGAAGGUCGACGAUCCGAUAUCGUCGACGACGGAAGAUUCGGAACGUGGCUCCUCUAUGGAAGGCAGCGACAACACGUUCUCUGUUCUUGGCGCGCCCAAGAAGAAGGAUCAGAGCGACGUUUCUUCUUCCGCCGAUGUCAGUUCCAUUCUUAUAGGCGGUUCCGUGGUGUCCGUGGUGACCACGAAGAGCGUGGUGAACGGCACGAUAUCGGUGCCGACAACCGUCUCCCCGACCACCACGGAACAGGUCGUGCAGCCGCCACCGUCGUCGUCGUCGUCGUCGUCAUCCGUUCUGCUCGCUCAGACGACAGAACAUUCGGAAGUGACCACAGAAGACUCGAGGAUUCUGGCCUCCGUCCAGACCAGUCGUAGCGUAUCGGGCGCGCGCUUUCUUCCGUUCCCGGUUAUAGAUCACGUUGAGCAGGUGGAUGCGCUUGGCAGCUCGUUCGAAAACAAAAAGACGUCGCCGCAACUUCCGUCCGAAUCCACCGAGAGCAUUAUCGACAAGCUCGACUGGGCGCAGUCCAGAUUGUCCAGCGACUUGCUACCGGCCGCCAUACUCGGCACCGGUGGUUUUCGUAAUGCCGGUAACACGUUGCAACUGGACGUGCUGGCCGAGAAGGAUCGCACAACGACGACUCGUAGGAGCUUCACCACCACGGCCAGAACGCCGGUCAUCAGCAAGUUCGUGCCCAGGCGUUACAACGACAAGAGACUGGACACACACAUUGGAACGGCGAAGCCGCGACUCGAGACCGCAACAACCGACAGUCUGGAAGGUCUGCUACCUCGGAAUUACGUAUCCAGGGGAAGCACACCGAGUACGGGAUCGCCCAGAAUAAACUUCAGAUGGCCGUCCGCGAAAUCGACAACAACGGAUGCGUCCGCGGAUGGGACUACGAAAAUCACGUCGACAACGCCGCAAACAAAAUCUAAGAGCAACAUUGUCGUUCAAGACAUCAGCGCAUUUUUGCCGCCUGGAUAUAAAUUGAAACGAGAAGACGCAGCUACCACGGAAAGUUCUCUUCUGAGUGAAAUCCUCGCCAAGUCCAAAUUCGACAUCUCGUCUCUCUUGCCUCCUGAUUACAACAAGAAAAAGAUCGAAGAGGAAUCAAAGAGCACCGCGAUGAUAACGACAACGGCAUCGACGACCACGGCAAUUAGUGUUAACGGUGUUUCUCCGGAGAAGAUUUCCAUUCAGGAUCUUUUUGCGUCUUCCAAGGUCGACAUCUCGGUUCUGCUGCCUAAGGACUACGAACAGCGGAAAAAAAAUUUUGUCCCCCCGGAUAACAAGCCGCCUGAUGACAACGCGAGCAGCGAACAGAACACGACGGUCACGACGGAACGGACCGAUUCGUCCACCACGAAAAAAAUCGGUUUGAAAAUUGUUUUCCCCAGCAGACCGGGUGGUCGCAACAAGCCUGUCCAAAAGAUAACCACUCCGCAUACUCCACGUGGAGAUGGUCCGGGCGCGGUGACGCCGAAGAUACAGAAAGGAUGGCCAACCAGAGCUACCACGGAAUUUACCGGAUGGCCGACUCCGUCCACCACACCGAUCUCGAUUGAGAAGUUGCUGGAGGCUGCGCGCACAGCCACGGUUGCGUCCGUAUCGCUGAUCCCGAGCACGAAUGAGAUUUCGAGCACCUCGUCGUCGACGACGACCACAACGACGACACCGAGACCGACAACGCCCGGUAUUUGCGAAGAGGGGUGCGAGGUCGCCGGCACGAUACGUAUCGUCGGAAAUGCCACGUGGAUGCCGGAGUUGUUCGAUCGCAACACUCGCGAGUGGCAGGAGCUCGCGAAUCAAGUUGAACGAGAGAUGAACCUUGUAUUCUCGAAAUCCAGCGUGUUAAACAAUUGGUACAAAAACAUAAGGAUCGAUUCCUUCAGUCAAGGUAGUAUUCUGGUGGACUACUUCGUCGAACUGGCGAAUUUACAGCAACAAGUGAACACGCAGGAGCUGAAAGUAAUUUUUCACGACUCGCUCAGGACGUACAACGUCAAUUAUUUGAACGAAACGAACGCGAAGGGCGCAUUGAGAAUGGGAAUCUUUACCAUUGAUCCCAAAUACACUGACUUUGUAGUGAUACCUAAAAUAAAUACACCACAAUACAUCGAGAAGGACGACAGGCUGAUACCUCAGUGGGCCAUCGCGGUGAUAGUGAUUGGCGUCGGAGGUUUGCUGUUUAUUAUCGUCUUCGGUGUGUCCGUGCUCGUCAACAGACAAAAUGGAUCGAAGCUGAAGCCGACCGUGUCCGCUAUGUACGAAGAGGAGGUGGCGAAGCACGUGACGUCGAGUCACAGAUCGAGCGAUUACUCGAAACCGGUUCACACGAUCUGGACCGAUCCCGACGUAUCUUGGAACGACAAGUCUUUCGAAUCGACUUCCAACAAGAUUCUGGUUGACAAAUCCUUUCAGGAAAAGAAGUACAACAUGUACGACAGCUGGCGAUCCGAAUGGAAUGGUUAUUACUACAAUCCGUCGCACACGAGCAGCAAGUACGGCGGUUACGACAGCAGCACGACUAACUUGUCGAACCGUCAUCAUCCCGAUUACGACACGAACUUCUAAACUUGGAGCGGCAAUAAAAACUGCAUUUUUCUACAAAUA